AUGGCAGAAUCUCCGCGUGAAGGCCCAAAGCCACUGGUUCUAGGGUAUAGCGAUGUGCAUCCGUUCUCGAAAGUCGACAUUGGAGACAGGAAGAGCGUGCAGGACCUCCUCAAAACGGUUCUCGAUCCUUUACAUCCUCACUUCUCGCCCUUGAAGGCCACCAUACGCGUCCCCGGAGGAACAACGGUUCGGUUUGAUAACAAGGCCGCCGAAAUCGAAGGCAUAUGUCGGCCGAUGUGGGGUCUUGCAGGUUUGCUUGCCGGCGGAGGGGAAUACCAUGGGACGUCUUGGUUCGUGGACGGAUUGAAAGCUGGAACAGACCCAGACAGCCGAGAGUUUUGGGGCUGGCCGAGAGACAAUGACCAGCGAAUGGUUGAGAUGUGCCCCCUGGGAUUUACACUCGCCGUAGCACCGGUAUUCUGGAAUUCUCUGUCCGAAAGGGAACGGGAAAAUGUCGAAAACUGGCUUGGAAACUCUAUCAAUCAGAAGACGAUGCCCAAUACCAAUUGGCUCUGGUUCCGAGUCUUUGCCAAUCUCGGACUGAAGAAAAACGGAGGCAAAUACUCGCAGGAAAAGGUCGACCAAGACAUUCUACACCUGAAUUCAUUCUACCGAGGUGGUGGUUGGUCCAAUGACGGGCCUGAGGGCAUCUGGCAACAAGAUUAUUACAGUGGAAGCUUUGCUAUUCAAUUUCUGCAGCUUAUUUAUUCCAAAUUGGCUGGAGAGAGCGACCCCGCCAAAGCAGACGAGUUCAAGAAGAGAGCCCGGGAUUAUGCUCUGGAUUUCAUUCAUUACUUCGACGAAGAAGGACGUGCUACACCUUUUGGUCGCAGUGUCGGCUACCGUUUUGCUAUGGCAGGCUUCUGGAGUGCCCUUGCCUAUGCCGAUGUGGAAUUACCUGCGCCAUUGACUUGGGGCAUUGUGAAGGGCCUUCUGCUGCGGAAUCUUCGAUGGUGGCAGACCCAACGGCACAUAUGGAGCUCCACUGGUACCCUGACCAUCGGCUACUGCUAUCCAAAUAUGUACAUGGCCGAAAAUUACAACUCUCCUCAGAGUCCUAUGUGGGCAUGUCUGGCAUUUAUUUGUCUAGCAGUUCCGGAGGACCAUCCUUUCUGGACAUCGAAGGAAGAGCCGUAUCCAACCCACCUCCUCCCGAAGGUAAAACCACUCCCACACCCUGGCCAUAUUAUCAGCUACCAUGGCGGUCACCGAAUGCUCCUUUCGUCAGGCCAGGCGUGCAGUUAUCCGAUGAAAGGUACUCAUGCAAAAUACGGAGCCUUCGCAUACAGUAGCGCGUAUGGGUAUUCUGUACCAACGGGCUGUUUUACACUGGAGCAAUUCGCGCUUGCUUCCCAGCUAGGGCUAUCAGAUGAUGGAGGUGAGUUCUGGAAGACUCGUCGACUCUGCGAAGAGGCUGUGAUAGAGACACAUGACGAUCUGCCGGUAUCGAGGUCAAUUUGGAAGCCAUACCCAGAUGUCACAAUCAAAACAUAUCUAAUUCCACCGGUCGAGGCAACGCCGAACUGGCACCUACGAGUCCACAAGAUUGAGGCUGGUCGCGAGGUCAUGACCGCGGAUGGCUCCUUCGCAAUCUGCAACGAGAGAAAAUUAGAUGAUCGAUACCUGGACCUUUACGAUGCCGAGAAGUGUGAGGGUACCCUACCGAAGAUCAUCGGCAACUACGAUCUCAACACGCCCGAGGGCAGUUCUCCUGGCGCAGUUGGUUCAUUUGCGGUGUCCAAGGGAGCUGUUGGGAUUGUUGACUUAGUAGCGGAAACUCCUCGUACAGCGAUGCUCGUCAAUGCUGACCCAAAUUCAAACCUCAUUGAGGGUAGGACCGUCAUACCAACAUUGCAACAUACGAUCAAGAAGGGCGAGACUGUUUGGUACGUAACUGCGAUCUACGCUAAGCCGUCAGGUGAGGGUGUCUUGCCGGAAAGCUAUCUGGAUGGUUGGAAAAAUAAGCCCACGAUUCCGGCUUGGUUGAAGGAUGAGCUUGCAUCUUCAUGA